GUUACAAAAUACGAUGGACCCCCGUACCAGUGCCCAGGAUGUGAUGCGAUGUGACCUGUGUGAGACUGCUGUGGUACAGACGCACUGUGAUACAUGUCUUGUCAAACUGUGUAAGGCCUGUGUGGGAGAACACUUUUCUGCUGAUCUCUCAAAACCUCAUAAAAUUGUGGACUUUAAAGAUAGAAAAUCCACUCCCCUCUACCCUGGAUGUACAUCUCAUGACAAAGAACAAUGUGAAAUGUACUGUAAACAUUGUGACCGUCCUGUCUGUCUUAGCUGUCUGGCAUCUAAACAACAUUUAGGACAUGAAUUAUCUAAAGUCUUGCAAGUUCUGGAUGAAAAGAAGGAUAUUAUUAUAAAAGAAAGAAAUGAAUUAAAUGACAUGAUUUAUCCAACCUAUCAGGACAUGGCCUCUAAUGUACAAAACAGAUUGAGUCAAAUAGAAAAGGAAUAUGGAGAUCUCUCAACAGCCAUAACAAAACAUGGAGAAGACUGGCACAGAGAAAUUGACAUACUUGUCAAGAAACUUAAAGCUAAAGUUGAUGAGAUGAAAAACAAGCAGUUACAAACUCUACAGAAACAGCUGAAUGAAAUAAACAAGAACAUUUCUGAUAUCAAGGAAGAAAUUAAUUCAAUGGAAACUGCAAUAGACACUAAUAAUUUGUCACAACUAUUCAGUAUUAUGUCUAAUGUACCUAGAUACCUAAAUCUUCCUCACAAAUUAAUACCAUUGUUACCCAAAUUCAUUCCAGGAAAAAUUCAUUGGGAAGAACUAAGUAAAAUAUUUGGAGCCUUAUCACCAAGUUCUUUAACAACAGAUAAAAAUGGCUACAGCAUGAAGACAACACAGAAAUCACCAGAAGCUGGAUCCUAUCCUCCAGUCAAACAGCUGUUUGAUGAACCAGAGACUGUUACCACCAUAGACACUGGGUAUGUAACCCUAUACAAUGUGGCCUGUCUGAGUGAUGAAGAAAUCUGGACGAAUGGAUAUGACAGCAACAUGAAACUCUUCAACAUUAAUCAUGGAUCACUACUCAAGUCAAUCACAGCCAAGUCAGUGAACAAACCAUGGGACAUAGCAGUGACAAAAAGUGGAGAUGUAGUUUACACUGAUUACAGUGAUAGAACUAUGAACAUUGUGAAGAAUGAGAAGAUAGAGGUGGUGAUCAGACUAGAGAACUGGAGACCUGGCAGUGUCUGUAGUACCUCCUCUGGUGACCUCCUGGUUAUCAUGGACAGUGAUGAUAACAAACAAGCAAAAGUUGUCCGUUACUCUGGCUCCACAGAGAUAAAAACCAUUCAGUUUGAUGAUAAAGGCAAACCUCUAUAUUCUUCUGGUAGUUAUAGCAGGUAUAUAACAGAGAACAAAAACCUGGAUAUCUGUGUGUCUGACUGGGGAGCUAAAGCAGUAGUGGUGGUCAAUCAGGCAGGGAAACUGAGAUUCAGGUACACUGGACAUACUCCUGCUCUACAGAACAAACUAUUCAAACCACUAGGAAUCACCACAGACAGUCAGAGUCGCAUCCUUAUAGCUGAUCGUGACAAUCACUGUGUCCACAUCAUAGACCAAGAUGGACAGUUCCUCCGUUACAUAGACUGUGGACUGAGUAAUCCCUGGGGACUGUGUACAGAUACAAAUGACAAUCUGUUUGUUGCGCAAUUGUUGAACAUACAAGUAAAGAAAAUCAAAUAUCUGCAAUGAAUCUAUGACCAUUAUUACAAUAAAACAUGACAAUGAUUUAUCAUAUAAAACUUAUCGUAAUGAUUCACUCUUAAACUGUUUCCAUGGUUUCCCACAAAAGAAACAGUUGUGUGCAUUGUAUAAAGCAGUGGAGAGUUGAAGCUCUGUAAUGCUCUUUAAUUAAAAACUCUGUAUUAUUACUGUGCAAGUAAAGAGAAAUUCAUGUAAUAUAACAAAUGAAUAAACCUUCCUUCUUCAGUCUACGCUGAAUUCUUAUUUCCACCCUUUCCAUGAUAAAAUGAAAUUUGAAAUUUA